CUGUGAGGAUGGAGAGAAAGAAGAGAAGAAGACAGAGGAAGAAUCAGGACAGACAGGGGAAGGCAACAGUGGAGAACACAAUGAACAAGGGGUGAAGGAGACAGACAUGAGGUUGAUGGUGGCAUCUGCUAUAGAGGAAACAAGUGAUGACAUCAGUGCAGGCAGGCAUGGCAAGUCAAUCACCACAGAGGAGAAUGUGGAACAGAGAGGUCCAGAUGAAGAUGAAGAGGGAGAGGAGCAGAGAGCUGCAGAGGAGAAAGAUGAGGCAAAACCUUACUCAGAAGAUCCAUCUGAAUGGCCUUUACCACACAAAAUAGAGGACUCAUUUAGGCAGUACAUGGUUGAAAAUGGCCCACAGAAAUGUUCUGAUGGGCCAUAUCCAAGAUCAGAUAAGAGUAAAAGGUGUUUUUCCAAAGCAUACUGUUUUCGAUUACUGUCUAAUGGAGAGAAAGUUGAACGAGACUGGUUACUGUAUUCCAAAAAUACUAACAGAGUCUAUUGUUUUGCAUGUAAGCUUUUUGGUGAAGCUAAAGUUGCUGACACACGCUUUGUGGUGGGUUAUAAUAACUGGCAGUGUCUUUCAAAAACACUGAAGCCCCAUGAAACCAGUG